AUGGGUGAAAGAACCUCAUGGAGGUACAAACAAGGUCCCAGUGAUUACGAAAGCUGUCAGGGCCUCGAGCUUGGUCCCGGUGUGAUUUUUGGUUCCGGUAGGCCUGCGACGUUUUACGAUUCGAUCUAUUUUCGAAGUAACUGCGAUGUCGGGAGUCCUGUAUUUUCUGCUUUUCAAAAAGCGGACGAAAAUUUCCCGUACCUUGAGGCACUUGGUCAAGAUUGGAACGAAUUUGUCAAUGGGAGCGAUGAAAGGGGUCAUUUCAAAUACAGUGUAUUCGCCAUUCUUCUAUCUUUCACGGCCAACUUCGUCAUUACACUGUGUCUGGCCGUUAUAGUGUUCGUGACAAUUAAGCGAAAGCCGCACAGGAAUGCUUCUCAUUUGUUGAAACUUGCCAGUACUUUGGCUGCAGUGAACUUGACAAUAUCUGUCACACGAGCGUUAAAGACUCUAAGUUCUACUCAUGUACUUUAUGGGAUUGCAUCUGCCAGAGACGUUCUCAAUUUGCUUUGGUCAGAUCCCACAUUUGCGUCGAUCGAUUUUAUUGUGGUACUUCUAUGUGAAUUGUGUCAAGUGCAAAUCGUUAUGCGAAUUUUUUCGCGUGCUCAAGAGGCCAGGUUGAUAUUUCUUAUUGGUGUGCCACUAUCCAUUCUAUCUCAGAUUUUGUGGGGGAUUGCCACUUUCCCUCAAUCUUUUGGAUUGCAGCAGGAACAGAACGCUCUGGGAUCAGGUGGAUUGACUCUUCUGUCGCCAUUCGUGUAUCUGUUUAGGAUUGCACUUUCGUCAACAUACGCAUGCAUUAUCUGUUUCAAUAUGUUGAUGAAAAGAAACAUUUGGACCCGAGAGCAUCGAAUGGUUUUGCUCACAUUGAUUACCUGUCUAAUCGUUCUGCUUCAAACAGGUUUCUUCGUCGCAGACGUUGCCAACAUUUGGAUUGACGAUUUGAGCGAAAUCUUCAACACAACCUGCUACGUUGGGUCCACGGUUAUAGUUUGGGAGUGGGUAGAUCAUCUAUUAAUACUAGAGCGGAAAUCACACUCUCAAAGCGUUUUGGGAAGACCAAUUUAUGAAGACGAGUCACAGGGAACUUUUUUCGCGAACUACGCUUUGAAAUCUUGGAAGAAUAAUGUGGGGAGCAGCUCUGGUGCUAAAGAAAGAUCAUACAUUACUUCGGAAGAGCAAGGAGAAACAACAUCUCGAAUAUCAGAAGACGAGCGGCUCGGGAACAAAAUACAGUUCAAUGAACCACACUCCAUGAGAACCGUAAUGGCAGAAAAGUGCCAAGGUCUCGUGGACGGAGUUAUCUACUAUACUGAUCAAUUGAUUUCUAGGAGUUUGUUUGUUAAAGCUCUGAGUUUGUAUUCUAAAAGUACCGAAGACUCUGAGGUGAGGAAGGCGACUGUUAAAAGACGAAUUGGAUUGGAUGGAUUUAAUGAUGUCUAUGUUUAUGCGACUAAAGAUGUUAGUUUUGAGAGUGAAGCUGAAGAAAGAGAGGAUACUGAUUGA